AUGGAGACCGACGCCGAAGCUGCUGCGCUCAAGGCGCAGGCGUUCGCCCACCGCCUGGUGGAGUUCGCCGACUACGACCAGUGCGUCAAGUACUUCGCGGAGCGCAGCGUCGACUUCGACCGCCCCAAUGACAUGGGCUGGAGCGUGCUCAUGAGCGUCUGCGCCUGUGGCCGUGACGACCUCGUGGGCUUCGUGGCCGACCGAACGACUGCAGUGGACUGCGCCACCAACACCAACCGGACCACGGUGCUGCACCUGACAGCCAUGUCCAAGAACACGCGAGUGAUGGAGGAGCUCGUUGCUACUGCUGAGCGGAAGCUGAAGCUGCGGACAAUCGUCGAGCAGGCGAAUGCCAACGGAGACACGGGUACGUGGCUUUGA